AUGCCCACUCGAUCAAAGCCAGGCGUUAAUCGUUAUCUUAAGGAGCCCACCCUAUUGUUCAACAGUGGCCACAUCUGCGAUCUCGUCGCAGCCAUCCGCGCAUCUACAACAGUCAAUCGAUACAGUCAGCUUGGUGUGGCUGUCACGUCGAAGGCGCCUCAAUCCUGCAUGAUUCAUCUAGGCCCUACAAAUGCUACGAGCAGCUUCCGAGACGAAUCUCUCGACACAAAUUUCACCUUGCAGAACGGCUGGUCCAAGUACCCUUUGAACCGGAAUUCUCCUCCAGGACAUGGCUGCCAAAGCGACAUAUCUCAGAUGGACUCUAAACUCGGCAUCGCGGAUCCCCUCCAACGGUAUCCAAUGCCUUUCCCCACACUCGUCCUUGACCAAACCACGCCAGAUCGUGUCUCGUUGCCACGACCCAAUGAGACUUCGCAAGGCAUCUGGGCGGAAUUGAGUCUCGGUCGCAUCCGCAGGUCGCCCACCUUCUUGAUUGAUGGCGGAAGUGGCAGAGAUGCCAAACAAGGGCAUGCUCUCCCCCGGAACCACUCCGGAGCCCAUUCCGUCCAUGACCCCGGUUUCGUACGCCGACCAAUGUGGAGGCAAGACGGCUGUCCGUACGAAUACAGACUCCUCGCGUGUCCCCCACAGAAUGUUUCGUUUCAAAGUGAGAUGGGAGUUGGAGCACCGCGGAUCUGCUCAGCCACCGACACCACACCACCGUGGCCACCACGUUUGACCGUUCAUCGAGAGGGAAAGUUUUGUCGGGAGAGCACGUAUCUUUGCACGGACAGCAAGCAAGAUGGCAUGCCCGCCAUAACACCCCACCAUCCUCUUUGGGCGACUCAGCCGCAACUCAGGCUCGCAUCCCUGCGAGCUACUUGGCCCGCCAAACUCAGCUUCCGAGAAGUGCACUUCCGGACCAGUACAUUCCGCACAAGAGGAAAAGCAAAACGGCGAAACAGCGAAGGGCAAGAGCAGUUUUGCUUCGUAUCAAGCGCGGAGCAAAGUGUCCCCUCUUUAUGCGUUGGAUCUGUCAACCCCAUGCAACGCUUCAUGCGCCGCGAGCCUAGAGUCGCCAAGCUGCAACAGUCUCUUGUCGACUUUUAG